AUGGACGCGCGCGCGCACGUGCACGACAUCGACAGCAACAGCUGCGACUUCUUCCCGCUGACGGACGACGACGACUCGCGCGCCUCCGCGCCGCCGCCGCCGCAGAAGAAGAAGCGGCGGCGCGGGCGUGCGCGCAGCGCGACCGCCGUGCACGUGGUGAAGAAGAGCCGGCGCCUGAAGGCCAAUGACCGGGAGCGGAACCGGAUGCACAACCUGAACGACGCCCUGGAGGAGCUGCGCGAGGUCCUGCCCGCACUUCCGGACGACAGCAAGCUGACCAAGAUUGAGACCCUGCGUCUGGCCCACAACUACAUCUGGGCCCUGUCCGAGACCCUGCGCAUCGCAGACCUCACCCGGACCCCCGCCGAACCCUGGUUCUCCUGCAGCUCCUCCUCCUCCUCCUCCUCCUCCUCGCCGCCCUCCUCCUCGUCCCCCGCCUACAGCGCCUGCAGCCCGGCCAGCCCGGCCAGCCCGCACCACGACGCGCUCUUCGGCCUGCGUGCCCUGGUCCCGGGAGUCCUCUGACGCACCGGAACCUGCACGACUUUGCCUAACAUGGUCGAAUAACACAAAACUUUGCAGAACAUGGCAGAAAAUAUUACUGAACUUUGUAGAACAUUGCAGAACAUGGCAGAACAUGACAGAAUAUGACAGAACUCUGCAGAACAUCGCAGAAUAUGACAGAACUCUGCAGAAUAUGACAGAACUCUGCAGAACAUUGCAGAAUAAGACAGACUUUGCAGCACCACUGGACUGAAAGGAACAUCUUCCUUGAGAAGGUGAAAGGUCAACUUUACAAUUAGUUGCUAAAAGAGAGAAGAAAAAAGUGUGAAAUCCACUCGGACUAAAGAC